CCCCGGGGGCCGCCCCCUGCCCAGAGCCUGCUGAGCCAGCUCCCGCUUUGUGCCACAGACCAUGGGCCCUGGUGUCUGCCAGACUAUAAAAUGGGGGGUCGGCCCCCAGUCACCCACUGCACCGGCCCACCCGCCCGCCUGACCGCCUGCCUGUCCUUCAGCAGGAAGUAGCAGGUCCCCAGAGGUUUGCAGGUGGGGACCAUGUCUCAGGCUGUGAAGGCCUCAGCUACGGCUGCAGUGAACCCGGGGCCUGAUGGGAAGGGAAAGGGCACCCCGGCCGCAGGACCUGCCCCCGGCCCCGGCCCUGCCCUGGCCCCAGCCACGGUGCCAACGACCAAAGCCGGGGACCUGCCUCCCGGCAGCUACAAGCUGGUGGUCUUCGAGCAGGAGAACUUCCAGGGCCGUCGUGUGGAAUUCUCUGGGGAGUGCUUGAACCUGGGAGACCGUGGCUUUGACCGAGUGCGCAGCCUCAUUGUCACCUCGGGACCCUGGGUCGCCUUUGAGCAGUCCAACUUCCGAGGGGAGAUGUUCGUCCUGGAGAAAGGCGAGUACCCGCGCUGGGACACGUGGUCGAGCAGCUACCGCAGUGACAGGCUCAUGUCCUUCCGGCCUAUCAAGAUGGACUCCCAGGAGCACAAGAUCUGCCUGUUUGAGGGUGCCAACUUCAAGGGCAAGACCAUGGAGAUCCAGGAGGACGAUGUGCCCAGUCUUUGGGUCUACGGCUUCUGUGACCGUGUUGGCAGCGUGAGGGUCUCCAGCGGAACCUGGGUCGGCUAUCAAUAUCCCGGCUACCGUGGGUACCAAUAUCUCCUGGAGCCAGGUGACUUCCGGCAUUGGAACGAGUGGGGGGCCUUCCAGCCGCAGAUGCAGGCAGUACGUCGCCUGCGUGACAGGCAGUGGCACCGUGAGGGCUGCUUCCCGGUCCUGGCUGCUGAGCCUCCCAAGUGAAUCCAUACCUUGCUCUUCUUCUCACUCAUUACACCCCUCCCUCAGACUCAGUUUCCCUGUCUUUCCUGUGCAAAUAAAAGUUCCUAAAGCCAAAA